AUUCAUUUGCCUUCUGCUAACUGUCCCUUCAUCUGACCACCACACAUGCAGCCCCUUCUCCAUUUGUGCCAGCCUUCUAUAUUGGUCUGGAAAAGAUUUGGUGCGCAGCAGGAGUGGGAAACUAAUUGAUCAUUUGAUUCCAAAAUAAAGUGGAUAACAGCUAUUAAGCAGCAUUGAUGGCCUGUCUUGAGAUGCUCUAUAAAAACAGCAAACAGCGUCAAGAAAAAUCUGGGGUAGUUUGCUUUAUAAUGUGAAGUGUGAUGGUACAAAACACCCUCAGCCUUGCCACUGUGCCACAAGUGACGUUCGGGCUGCCACAUAUCCGUUGUCAAGGCCCUGCCACUCUUACCUAGCAACAGAGUGAACCACAACAAUGCAUGUUGUCCUCACAGUCCCUUGAAAGUUGAUUUAUGUCAGUCAUUUAUUCAGUUGUUUAUGCUGCUUCCUCCUUAUGGAAGAGUCCUUCAAAACAUUCCUGGAUCCAGAACUCACCCAGAAUUUCAUUUGCUGUUCCUCAUCGUAACAAUUUAAGAACUUGAGUGGUCGGAACAAGUGCUUCUUUACAAGCAUGGGACAUGAACUUCAGUCUGUGAAUGUUACCAACAUUUCAUGCUUAUAACACCCUCCAUCAACUAAGCUAUUGUUUUUUUAAGUUGUUGUCAAAGUCACUAUUUUUUCAUGUACCAAAGAAGGACAAAUAACAUGUCUGCAACAUGGCUUCUACCAGCGACAUGUGAAAAUUCUUCAAUACACAGAUACAGGCCUGAAUAUGUGAUGCUAAGUUCCUAGUUUUUAGAUUUAAAAUAAGCAGAUUUUGACUUCUUUUUAAAAAGUCCAGUCAGCAACCGAGCAGGUUACUGAAAGAGACAACACAAUGCUCCGCACAAACUCACGCCACAAUCCGAACCUUGACAACAAUCGUGUUGAAUAACACCCAGAAAUUGUGUUCAGUUAUGAAACCAUUUCUUCUAUUGUCUCAGCCAGAAACAAUUAAAAUCUAGGUCAGUGGGCUACGCAAGCGAGAAGAGGUUCCCAACAUUUCAGCGCAGACAGACACUUGAACCCCCGACAAUGAUCAAGCUCAAGCAAUGUGUCUGUGUUGCGUCAUUGUUCGCCAUGUUGUUAAGUAGAUCUAUUAUGACCUGCGCUCUCCCAUUAAUGGCCCGUACAGACACGUUAGUCACCGACGGUUCAAUUGUGUAACAUUCAAUUUGCGUUCAGGAAUUAAAAAUAAUGACGUCAAUAUGUAACAAUAUAAUACAAUGGGGUUUUUUUAAGCGCUGAGGUUUAUUUGGGUGAUUUAAAUUUGCAUCACAAAUGCUCUCAGGGAAUGAUCUUGCUGUGAUGACGCAGCAUUGACUGUUAUACCACGGUUUUACAGUCUGGACUGAACAGAGACACAUUCUCCAUUCACGGUUUUCCUAUAAACUCUAGUUGUUUGAGGGCCAUCAUGCGAGGAACUCAAUUUGUCGCCCUGUUUUAGAAAUAUAUUAUGAGGAACUAUAUAUUGAAAGUUCAUUUGGAUCUGGCGUGGAAAACUCUUUCAAUGAAAGGGUGACAUCUAGUGUCGAAUGCCUCGUAUAACGUCACACUCGAGUUGAAUGACCCAUUGACAUUUGAAAAAUUUGCAGUAAAAUCCAAUAUGUAUUUAAAAAGGGAUGAAAUGUUUUAGUUUAGAUUCAGCCCUGAUUGUGCUAUGCUAAAAUAGCAUAUUAACUUCAAAAGUCAAUAAGUUUUGGGCUGAAUGUCAAGAAAAAUAUUUUAUCCCUUAGAAAAACAAUACGUUGAACACUUGGGUAAAGUUAAGUCAUCAAUGUGAUUAGUAUUUUGUGAUUUUUAUUAAUUUUGAAAGCUUUUACAUUUUUAAUCACAUGGAACUAUUUUUUAAUAGAUUUUUUAUUAUUGUUUAAAAACGAAUAUAUUAAAAAAUGUUCUUAUGCUAUCAUUCAUAGUGAUGUUGCAUGUAUUCAUUAUUCUAGUGUUGAGUGAAACAAUACGCUUUUGUUUACCUGGACUUGCUGCUGCUGCUGCUGUCUUCCUGACCUGCUGGGGAGUGGCAGAGCAUCUCUUCCAUCUACCUCCCCUCUCUCCCACUUCUCUCUCUCUCUCUCUCUCUCUGGCCAUUAGCAGUGAAUUAUGUUGCUGCAACAUCACAGCCGAUUGUCUGGAUGGGAAGCAGCCACCUCACUCACCGCUGUAUGCUAGCUUUUAGCUUCCAGCCCAAACUACAGGUUAACCUCAGUUUGUGGUCAACUUUCCUAGUUCAGCACCUCAGGUCGAUCGGGCGGACGCUGAAAGAAGGAGAGCGGAAUCAGCAGAAUCUCAGACAAACUCCAAAGGGGGUAAUGGUGAGACCUGAGCAGACGAAUGGAGUGAUGCAGUGACUCUUGGGCAAAUGGUCAGACGCUGCAGAGAACUGUACAGUGAGUAUUGUAGAUCUGUAAUCUGUAGUGUGCUGACUGUAAAUAACUAAUUCCUGCUGCUGUGAGCUCAACUGCUCACUUUGGAAGGCUCCACUGUUCUCAGUGGUUUGAGCUCUUGUGUCAUGGCACAGGUUUAAAGCCUCACUUUAAACUUCUGCAGACCUGUUGUUUGUGCGCAUGAUGUGAGCCAGUAGCCAGAUGGAAGCUGUUGAUCUUGUUAGAAAGGUAGACGUGAAAAGACAUUACCUGGAUCACAGCAAACACCAGCGUGCGCCUGCACAAACACUCAUGCAUAAUUGCACUCGCCACACAACCGUGGUCUGCAGACUGGCCUCUGCACCCGCUGGCCUCGCUGAUUCAAUUAUGGCUUCGGCAAAACUAAGUCUGUUCUAGCAGGAAAGUUUUUUUUUUUGUUCCCUCACGCUUUACUAUUGACGACAAUGAUGGACAUUCAGCCGCCAGCAUUAGCAAGCGUUGGUCCGCAAGGUUAAUGGUUAACCAGGUCUCAUAUGCUCCAACAAUUACAGUCGGUUGCUAAGAUUCUCAGGACAGGAAGCAGCAUGUAAAAAAGCAGCUGAUGCGGCACAGAUAACCCACGACCCCGGCUCUGUUGCUUUCAUGAAGUCUCUUUGAGAGGGGACCUCCUGAGAGAGAGACAUGGUUGGACUGAGGAACCGCUCGACCUGGGAACCGUUGCUGCUCAAGGCCUCCUGCAUCAAGUCCUGUGCUAAUGGCUGCUCGCUGGGCAUCACCGCGCACCUCACCUACGCCAACGCUGACCUAGAGUCUGUCGAAGGUGUCUUUGUCUACCCUCUCGGAGAAAAGGAGGUGGUGGUGGGCUUCGAGGCAGCAAUUGCCGGUCGUCUUGUGGGCGUCCAGAUCCAGAGCAGGGGCCGGCUGAAUGACUGCUGCCUGGAUUGUUGCCCUAGGUCUGAUCCUGAUGGGCGAGAAUGGGGCUGCUGUGGAAGCUCCAGUCUGGACGUGCAGUGCACCAAUGGACAUCUUAUCCUGGACGAAGACCUGGAACGGACCACCUUUAUCGUGGGCACCGGGGUCGUUGGUCCAAUGGACAUCGUGUCCAUCACGUUGAAGACCACGCUUGAGCUUCCCACUUUAGAAAGUGGAGCCAUCCGCAUCGUCUACCCAUCACUGCUCACCCCCAUCGUCACUGGACAGAUGACCGCCAGCAAGAGUGAAAAUGGCUGUAAAUCGGACGAAAACGGACCAACCAGCUGCUUCGGUGCCACCUCAGGGAAACAAGAGCGAAGCUUAGGUGCUGAGCAACAGUGUGCUCACAUCGUCUUCACCAACCCAGCUGCCAAUUUGGCUCCUUAUGACCUCAACUUCCAGCUGCUGGUCAGAGGGGCGUGUCUUCUGGCUGGCUUGGAGAGCCCCACCCACGCCCUGAGGGCCGACGCGGACCCCAGCGCCCAAAGUGCCUCUGCCACCUACAUCACCUUGGCUCAGGACCAUCCAUAUGACAGACACAUCGAGAUCAUCCUGCACCUGAGUGAACCACACAGCCCGCUUGUCAUUGUGGAGAAAGGCAGACUAUCCUUCAGCCGUUAUGAGCAGCACAUCUCGUCCCGGCGGGAUUUCGUCCGCUACAUUCGCAAACAUUCAGAACCUGAGAGAAGGCUGGAGUUUGUGCGGAAGCGCUACCACAAAGACAUUCUCUACAGCCCGGUUCUGAUGCUCAACUUCUGCCCGGACCUGUUGUCGGAACCUUUGGAGCUGAACAAAGCCACCAGAGAACUUGUGUUCCUUGUCGACCGCAGCGGCAGCAUGAGUGGCACCAACAUUCGCCGAGUCAAGGAAGCCUUGGUGGUUGCUCUGAAGAGCCUCCCCUCGGGGACGAUGCUCAACGUCGUCGGCUUCGGCACGACCGUCAAGCCUCUGUUCAACUCCAGUAAACUCUGCACAGAUGUCACACUCAUGCAGGCUAUUGAACAUAUCCAAAGGAUGAGAGCUGACAUGCGCGCCACCAACCUGCUGGGGGCGCUGUCCUGGGUUUACCAGCAGCCCAUGCAGCGUCCAUAUCCUCGCCAGAUCUUCAUCAUCAGCGACGGCUCUAUCAACAACGUGGCCAAAGUGCUGGAGUUAGUGCGCAGGAACGCCUGCGCCGGCAGAUGCUUUGGUCUGGGUUUAGGUCCCAGAGCCUGCAGGAGACUCCUUCAGGGCGUGGCCAAGCUGACCGGAGGGACCGUGGCGUUCGCCAGGGAUGAGGAGAGACUGCAGCCAAAAUUCAUCAAGUCGCUGAAAAAAGCCUUUGAGCCAGUACUGACUGAUGUUCGCAUCGACUGGUACCUGCCUGAAAACAUGGAGGCUCUCCUCUCUCCGAACGCAAUCCCACCUCUGUACCCGGGAAACUGCCUAAGAGGGUACUGCACGCUGUUCGACCUGACCCCAUUUAAAGCCAAGACAGCUGAGGCUGAAGGACGUGGCAGUAAAGGAACUCGCAGUGGCUCCACCGGGUCUGUUUUUGGUCAGUCCAACGAUGAGCUUUCACCCACGUCCACGUCCGAGCUGAUGCCAGUGGUGACCUGUGAAGGAGGAAAUGAUCUGGAGGAGGCACUAAGGGAGAUUUCCAGAGAGAUCUCCUCUGAGUUCUCCUGCGCCAAAGACACCGAAGGUGGCAGCAGUCUAGGUGUGGUGGUGGAGUGGUCCAGUGACGUGAGGACAAGAAUCCGGGAGGCUUCAUACAUCCAGGAGCAGUAUGUCCUCACUCGCUGCUCGCUCAGCAGUGAGCAGAGUCUGCACACGAACCUGAACACCUCCGCACAGUCUGACUCCACUGACAGGGCGUUUCACCCUGACCCGCUGUCCUCCGCCUCUGGACUGGACACUGGGUCGCUGCCUCAAGGUCUAGAGCAGGUGUCCUCCACAGAGCAGAGAUCCUCUCUGUCUCGUUGGGCCGACGCCACCUGGCAGGAAAACCUUUCCGUGGAAACCUCGGAUUCUAUGUCCGGAAAGGACUGCCGCCUUCAUGUGUGUGAAGAGUCCCGUCUGAGACAGAAAGCUCUGGCCCGUUCAACUUUAGCUGCACGAAGCUUCUCCUCACCACAGGGGGAGCUUGAGAUGCAUCGCCUGAGGAGAGCUCUGGAGAAAGUCUCCUUCGACCAGACUCUUGGAGGACGGCUGGAUGAGAGUGAUGGUGAGAUGAAGCCGUCGUCCAGAGGAACACCGUCACACAAGAGCUUCACCGACUCCAGUGGACUCAUUUUUCCGGCCUCCCCUCUGGACUGGGACGACUUCACAGACCCAGAGUGCCUUUUCACAGCUGUCCCCCCGGACGACCCCCCCUCGGGCCAGUGCCGCGCUCGUAUCCACGGUGUGCUGAGUGGUCGGCCUAUGUCCUGGGAGGUGACUGUGGACCUGGAGCACCUCUGUGGCUCAGGGGUCCAGGACACAUCACCCGCUGAAGAGUGUGGAGGGGGAGGUGAAGGGGCAGAAAACGACCUCUGGGAGGAGAUCAUCCACCAGCUGACCGCUCGCUCAGUAAUAAGAGACUUUGAAAAAAUGGCAGGGCGAGAUCACAGAGCGCCCUCCAGGAAGUUCCGUAUGAAAGCCAUCCAGACCAGCAAGCACUGUAAUAUCGUCUGCAUGUAUACAGCCUUCACUCCCACUGACAGCAGCUGCAGCCACGGAGGGACGGACAGCAGACACGUCCCAAACCCAGGAAUCGUGAUGGGCAGGAGACAAGGCUCUGGUCCACAGAGGGUGCACUCAGUGGGUCUGGGCAGACGGAGGUCCAGCAGAGACGGGGAGGAGGAGGAGGAGGAGGAGGACACACAGAAGACUGCAGACAAAGACGACACUCCUGCUUCACCCUGCAGUCUCAUGUCCUGGGAGUCCAGUGUUGGAACCGCUGUGUCUGCGAGGACUGGACCCCCAGGUCCUCGUUCUCCCCGGACGAUAGAGAGCAAGUCCAUGGAGAGCUUCUUUGGCACCAGGUUCCCGCUUGUCAGGCUGCGCUCCUCUGUCUCAUCAGGGAAGCAGGUUCCCCUCAAGUCUCACUGUCUGUCUGCUGAGGCGGAGAAAGCAGAGAGUGAGACCCCAGAUUAUCUUCCUCUGGUCCGGCUGCAGCUGGCCUCAGGUGCGUUCCUCCUGACAGAGGUCUACUCCGACUGUGUCCAGAUCUCCUUGGACCGUCUGAAGCGAGCGUCGCCCUACAGCCUGCACCGCCGCAGUCUCAGUCCGCCGUUCCGCUGCACGUCCCCCAGUGCUCCGUCUCUCUCCACCAAACCGUCUCACCACCACGUCACAUUCUCUCCCUCGUCCUGCUCCGUGGCCAAACCCGCCACCCCACCUUUCCACCACACCCACGGCGACACCUCCUCCAUGCUGGAACCUCGACUUCGCAAGAGGCAACUGUCCGACCCCCUCACCUUGUCCCCAGACCCGCUCAGCUCUGAGGAGGGGUCGCCAGAGCUGACGGUUCCUCCGGGCCAGAGUCACGGGCAGGUGGACAGCGGACGGGGCUCAGAGACGGAUAUCUGCGAAGGUUCUUCGGUGGAGUUCGCCGACCUCCACAUGUGUAGCCAGCUGGCCCAGGACGACCUGGAGGGCUCCAGCUGGGCCACCGCCGUGGCUCUGGCCUGGCUGGAGCACCGCUGCGCCGGGCACUUCAUGGAGUGGGAGCUGGUCGCGGCCAAAGCCGACUUCUGGCUGCGCUGUCAGGAGCUGCCUGAGGGGGUAGACUUGUCCGGACUGAGAGGAGCGGCCAGGCAGCUCUUCCUGAUGCUCCGCCACUGGGACGAGAACAUCAAGUUCAACAUGCUCUGCUACAACCCCAACAACAUGUGAGACCGACGCUCUGUGAAACUAUCCUGAUCGUUUCCCCCGCUCUGGCAUUAAACCCUGCUGACUGAAGGCAGCGGCAGAUGCGUCGUGUCUCUCGACGCACUGACAGAUACCCAGUAGAAAGAAGCUCAUCAUCAGUACCCACUCAGAAAAGUGCCCCUACUACAGUAUGUUUCAAAGAUUAAACUGCAGUGGUUUCAGGUUAGCAUCUGGCUUCUGUAGCCAUGUACAAUGCUCUAUGAAUCAAUGUAGGGCGAUAAUAUUGAUAACCUCAAUAUGGUCUUCAAUGAAAAUAGUUCUGUUUAAGUAGAAGAUUCUCUCCUUCCCUUUCGUCCUGGUAAGUCGCCACGUGUCAUGAGCUAAUGCUAGUGGAGUAAUGCUAAUGAAGCCAAAAGUCAAUAUUGGAGUCUGAGUUGUUCCUGGCCUUGCUAAGAAACAGCGCAGAAAACCCCUCUGAAAAGUGACCAUGUUAACAGACAGUGUUAGCCCAGUAACUGGGAAGCAGUGAGAAGCCACGAGCUGAAGACGCGGUAACUUUGUUAAGUUCAUUCUGCCCCGGCUGCCCAGAUGAGCUGAUCUCCAUCGAGUGAGAGCUGCCUGUUCCGCGUUAAGACUCCCAGGCUUUUGAAGUGCUUGUGGCCAGAGUUUUCUCUUUAUUUAUUUCCCAGCAUUGUUGUUGCCCAUAAUCAGCAUCGCAGAGCCGCGGGACAAAGUCCAUCUCUCUCAUCGCUGCUGCUGCUGCUCAUCAUUAAUGCAGAAAAUAAUGGCUUCACCAGAGGUCAUUGACGGAGGAACAAAGCCCGAGGACAUGUGCUUUCCUAGCAAGAAUGCGCACCGCUGCGGGCCGUCGACUGAGCGCGUUGUUUGUAUGCAAACACUCAACUUGCAGGCCAAUUGCGUGCACACACAAACCAGGCACUGCAUUAACACAGCAGCUUUUUUCCCCCCAAGAACUGCUAGUUUUAUUUUCAGCUUCUCUGCAUGAGCUGAUUAAAAAAAAACAAAAAAAACAAGUGUUCUUAUCGAUCAAUAAGAAGUUGUUGAAUUUACUUCUCUUGCUCCUUAAAAAUUACUCUCUGACUUGGAGAUAUUAAAAUAUGCCAUCCACUUUUUGCAGCCGUUCAGAUCGUGGGGGCAGCAACAGCAACACAGCGGCUCCUUUGGAGGAAUCUCAGGCUCCAUUUCUGUCCAAUUUUCUGGUGGCUGUCUUCAGCUCCAGUUCUAUUUCUUCACCCACCAGCAGAGGGAGGACGCUCCUCGCCCCUCUUUGCCCCAAGGUACUACAACUACAACCUUUAGGGUGGCCGUUUUUUUUUUUUUCUCUCUUAAACUUCUUCAUCCACCACAGCCUCAGUCUGGACGCCCAUUUCUCCUCCCUUUUGGAGGUGCACCUGAAUGCACCACUGCCGACCACACUGCAGCAAGUCAAUUCCAACAAAAUAUGGGUAAAAAUAUGAUGUAGAACUCGGUCACUAACCUCAUAGUCACAAGUCAGAUGGUUUAAGAAACAUGAUCAUGAACGCUUUCCGGACGCAACCAGCAGAGGGCAGUGUUGCAUUAUUAGUGCGCUCUCACUUCCAUCACCUUCCAGUCGUGCAGACUGACAGCACUGCUAACUAACAUGGUAGCAGCCUCCGCGCUGCUGACAUGAUUCUUCACUUCUGUAACACACACACACAAAGGCUUCUCUCUGAGACAAUUGAAUCCAUGGAGAGGAGGGUUGUUUUGCCUGAAUUUGUCAGAUGAAAAAGCCACGCUGCCCGUGUCCUCCAGCGAUGGCCGAGCUGUCAAAGUGUGUCGGGUCAUGAAAGGCCAGGUUCUCAACACUGUCCCUUUUCUGCUUGUCACAUGCUGACAGUUCCACACUAUUUGUGUAAGGCAGAUUUGUCCGCCUCCGCUUGUGCUCCGGGGCGCGCCGGCGUAAAGUUAAGGCAUAUUUGAGCGCUGGCUUACACAUCCAUAAGUGAUCAAAAUAUGUUAUUUUUAAUGUUCCCUUUUAACUUGUAGCUCGGGGGGGUGCAUUUCAA